AAAUCAGUUGAAAUAACCGCCUUUACUGGUCUUGUGUACUGGUCCACGAUUCAAGUUUGACUGUUGUCAUAUUAAAAGUGGAUAUUUUUAGUGAAUUUUUACUGUAUUUUUAUUGAUAUUUUGUACCAGAAUCUUUGACGUUGAGCACUAGUUCGUAGUUUUGGUGGCAUUGAAAAUAAGCCCUAAUAAAUUCGUUUUACAUAUUUUGCAACUAUAAGCUGAAGAGAAAUUUGUAUCGGCUUAAAAUCGAGAAUGCGUUGCGUGAAAAUAAGAAGACGGAACCCAUGUUUUCUGAAAUAACCGAGAUAUAAUGGGUUCCCGUCCACCUAUCGUGAGCGGAGUGAGGGGCCAAGAAAAUGCCGCCUCCAGACUAUUGAUAAAGCAGGGUUUAGUUUCUGAACGUCCAGUUCAGCCAGUUAGACGAGGUGCCCUUGGUGAAGUUGGGAAUAAAAUUAACGCUGGUUGCCUUAACGCCGUUGUAGCUGGAAAAGCACAAGCAGCUAAACCAGCAGUAGUUACUAAGGCACGGAAUUUGAAAAGCUGUAAGGAGAAUGCUGGCGCGAAAACAGUUAGACAAGAAAGUGUCGUAUUGUCGAAAAAAAUUCUUGAAGAAGCCAAAAAUAAAGCAGAAGCUGCGGCUUUAAUUACUGCUCCAGAAGUACGAAAAUCUUCCCUUAAAUAUCCCGAUCCAGACCAAAAUUCAAGAGACGAUCCACAAAUGGUCACAGAAUAUGUCGAAGAUAUUUUAGAAUACCUUCGGCAGCUAGAAGUUAAAUUUCCGUUGAAAGAAAAAUUGUUAGACAGUACCAAAAUUACUUCGAAAAUGCGCUCGACGUUGGUAAACUGGCUAGUAGAUGUUCACCAGAACUUCAACUUGGAACUUGAUACACUUCAUUUAUGUGUAUCAUUAGUCGAUCGAUAUUUACAAGUUAAUAAAACAAUCACCAAGAGCAUUUAUCAGUUAGUUGGAACGGCAUCAUUACUAUUAGCAUGCAAGUAUGAAGAAAUCUAUGUUCCUGAGUUGGAUGACUUUGUUUACAUCUGUGAUAAUGCCUUUACAAAAAAGCAACUUCUGCAGAUGGAAAUUGAUAUUGUGCAGAAGUUGGAUUUUAGAAUGGGAUGGCCACUUUCUGUAUAUUUCUUGAGAAGAUACAGCAAACUCGCGGUAGUAAAACCCGAACAACAUACCCUUGCGAAAUAUAUUCUGGAACUUUCAUUGCUGGAAUAUGAUAUGGUACAGGUAAAGCCGUCUCUCCAAGCUGCAGCAGCAUGUUGUUUGUCUAUAGCUGUUAUGAAUGAAGUAAGCGAACCCAGCAAGGUUUGGAAACCAGCUUUGGCUUACCACACCAAAUACAAGUAUUCAGACUUGAAAAAUGUAAUAUAUCAACUCGCUCAAAUCCUUACUAAAGCAGAAAAUGCAGCUUUUCAAAAAAUUCCAGAAAAAUAUGCCCAACCUAAAUAUUCUAAGAUUAGCCUUAACUAUAAGUUGAACGGGCCACUUUUAAGAAAAUUAACUGCCAGUCCUGGUUUAAACACUGUGGUUAGAAAGUAACAGUAACCGUAAGACAAUUUGUAUGUUUAUUGUUUAAUGUAUACAAUGUAGCAUUUACACGUUUUAUUUGUGAACUUAUUCUAAUAAACAUGAGUAACAAUUAAAGUCGAUUUAUGGCGUUCUAGGCCAAUACCAAAAUGUUUUUUUAGUUUUUAUUUAGUAUAAGCUAGUGUGUAAAGUGAUUGUAUUUUAGUACCGAAACUUAUUUAAGGGGAUGUUUCCAAUAUUUAAAACUUCAAUAAUUUUGCAAUUUUUCCUAAUUAUUUGAGCCGUUAAAUAUCUUGCGCGGUUCGGGAGAGGCGUUUUAGGAGACUGUUUUGUACAUUGAUUAUUUUGAUUAAACUACUUUUCUAUUUU